AUGCGUGGUUUGCGGUUUUUCUAUUCACGCUCUACAAGUUUUAAUUUAAUGAUGAAAGCUUUUUUAUUCUUUCGUUCCAGGUACAUCAAUGAUCCGACGGAAGUUAUUUUGCGAGUGGCGCUAGACACAGAACUUUCGGGAGAAUGGGCUGCUGCUGUUGGACUUUUUCUCCUCGCCAAUGAACCAACCAACGCCGCCAUUCUCCUCUCGUCGGAGAUCAGCGAGGCUUUGAGGUUAAUCUAGGAAGACCCCUACAUGUAUCAUUUGAAUAAUUAUCUUUAUCUUCUAAGUUUGUUUUUUUCUUCAGGGCUCAAAAUCAAGAACGAACUGUUGAACUUGUAGAAGUUGCCGAGGAGUUCAAAAGAGGUUUUGUUGCGUCAAAAAUGAUCAUUCUUGGUGUUUUUCAGUUCAACGCGGUUGCAACCUUUCUGAGUUUUCGACCCUUUCACUGCUGGUGGAUCUCAGCGUUCUGUUCGAUCGUUGUUCUCGCGAAGACGCCGAGCAAGCGUUCCAGUACGUUUUUGAACAACCGAAAAAGAAAAUGAAGGUUUUUUUUUUCCAGCAUCUCCAAAUCUCUCCGACUGAUUCCCACGGAACCUGAGAGCGUUUCGGUGAUUGUCAGCGAAUUUCAUAUGGUUCCACAGAAGGUUUGAUUUGGUCUAAGCCACGUGAUCAAAGAAAACGAAUCAAGGUGCGAGAAGUUCUGCCGGACGCGUGCCACAACCUGAUGAAAUGUCUGGUUGAUUCUUGCAUUCGAUCAUCCGUCACGGGAAGGACAAGUCCCCUAAGUUCGCGUGGAUCUUCCGUCUUCUCUCCGCAGAAUCAAUUUGUCAAACAGGUUCGUGUGAAAAUUAA